GGGAGGGGAGGACGGCAGUUGGGGGGUCUGUUCCCUCAGCGCCUGACUCCCCUGCAGCCAGGCCCGCCCGGGCAGCUGGCCUCGGGGCAGACAGUGGGACCCUACCUCAGGCCCAAGGCGGCUGGCUCUCUGGCUCCGCAGCAGCAGAGGCGACAGGCCACCAGCGUCCCCAACAUUCACCAGGCUGCCACUGCAGGCAGCUUCCUGGCCAGCCAGAGCAGAUGCUGGGCGGAGUCAGGGUCGGGGAGCAGGAGCUCCCCAGGUGUCCUCCAGCAGCUCAGAGCCCUGUCCCUGGGUGCCUGUGGCAAUGUGCGCUUCUUGAGCACCUGCUGCACACCAGCCCUGGAGACGGCUGUGGAGGCUCCCUGACCAGAGCCAGGACUCGCGCUGUGCUUCGGUGUCACACCCUCUCUGGGCCUUCUACCCAGGGCAGGGGGCCGUCUGGUGGCUCCUUCACUCCCCUGGUUCCCCUCUGGGUGGGCAAGAGUCCUGACCCUGACCCCAGCCUGCUCCCUGCAGUGCCCUUCCCUGGCCCGUGUGUCUGGCGAACUCUUGUGCGUCCCCCGGCCAGGCUCACCGCCCCCCUUUCCCAGACCCAUCGGCGGGCGGGGCUUGUCACCUCCUGUGCACCUCCCUCAGGCUGUCCCUCCCUUGGCCCUGCCCAGGGCGCUGGAGGGUUUGCCCAGUGAGUUAAUGACCUCAGAGGCUGACAGAGUGACCGCUGCCUCUGAGGGGCAGGGAAGGGCCCACUCUCCAGAGGGGAAAGGGUCAGUAGCAAGACUCUGUCCCUGCACAAGGGCAGAACCAGGGGCUGGCUGGAAGCAGAGUGGACCAGCGUGACCUGUCUCACCCCAGGGUCCUCGAGGCGGAUGCUUCAGCCCAGCAGGAGCGGCUCCAGGCCAUUGCCGAGAGGCGGAGGAGGCAGGCGGAGAUCGAGGGCAAGCGCCGGCAGCUGGAGGAGGACAGGCGGCAGCUGCAGCACCUCAAGUCCUGACCUGACCCUGACCCUGACCCCUGCUGCACAGUCCAAGGCCCUGCGGGAACGCUGGCUGCUGGAGGGGACACCUUCCUCGGCCUCAGAUGGGGAGGACAUGAGGAGGCAGAUGCAGGAGGACGAGCAGAAGGUUCAGCUCCUGGAGGGCUCCAUCUCCAGGCUGGAAAGGGAAAUCGAUGUGCUGGAGAAUGGGGAGCCGGCCCCUGCCCCCUUGAGAGAGGACAAGGCAGCGCCCAGUCCAGCCCGGACCCUGGCCCCAAGCCCAGCCAAGGAGCAGCCCCGGGGGGAGUUGGUGUGCAGCCCAGAACAGACCCCGCCGGGCACGCCCAAAGCCGAGAAACAGGUGUCCAACACCCCUGUGCGGACCAUCGGAGGCUCCCCCAUGGUGAAGGCAGCCAUGUACUCAGUUGAGAUCACUGUGGAGAAGGACAAGGUGACAGGGGAGACCCGGGUGCUGUCCAGCACCACACUGCUCCCCCGGGAGCCGCUUCCUCAGGGCAUCAAGGUCUACGAGGACGAGACGAAAGUUGUCCACGCCCUGGACGGCACCGCCGAGGACGGCGUCCACCCACUGAGCUCCUCCGAGGUGGACGAGCUCCUCCACAAAGCAGACGAGGCCGCUCUGAGCGAGGCGGGGUCCACAGCUGGGGCAGCCGAGGCCGGGGGGCCUGUGGAGGCAAUCCGGUCCACGCCCGCCCGGCGCGAGAUCCCUGGUGUGCAGGCGCAGCCUGGCGAGGCCACCUCGGGUCCGCCGGGCACCCAGCCCGGCCAGGAGCCCCCGGUCACCAUGAUCUUCAUGGGCUACCAGAAUGUGGAGGAUGAGGCUGAGACCAAGAAGGUGCUGGGUCUGCAGGACGCCAUCACGGCCGAGCUGGUGGUCAUCGAGGAUGCGGCAGAGACCAAGGAGCCCGCCCCGCCCAAUGGCAGCGCAGCCGAGCCCCCUGGCGCCGCAGGCUCCAGGGAGGAGGACCAGGUGGGGCCCGAGGCCACCACCAGCGACCCCCAGGACCUGGACGUGAAGAAGCAGCGCUGCAAAUGCUGCUCUAUCAUGUGAGCCGGCCCGGCCCCCAGACCCUGGCCCCACCCUCCACACCAGACUCCCGCCAGCCCGGCCCCUCCCGGCACCUGCCCACCCUGCACCCAAACCUCACGGGCCCAGGACCUGCGUGUUGCUUCACGUCCCUUGAGUUUUCUUUCACUGAAGGAGGGACGGGGCCCCGCCUGCCGGCACACCCCGCCCUCAGCCUGGACCCCGAGCCGUGCACUGGUGCAGAGAAACGGGCUGGCCUGCUCUCCCCAGCGAGGACCCCAGACUGCGGCAGCUUCGCCAUGUGGCUCGCGCCCACAAGGUCCUGGUUGGUGUGGCCUGUGGCCAGCCGCCUGUGCCUUCCUGCCACCUCCCACAAGUUUCUGAGGGGACCAGGAGCCGAGGGGUCCCGGGGCCUGGUAGUGGGACUCUAAGGGGCCCUGCCAAAGGCGCUGGCCCCCAUCCCUGGGCAUUUGGGUGAGGCCACGCUUCUUAUGGGGCUUGAGGUCUUAGAAUGGAGCACGGGCUCCUCUGGACAUCCUCAGGCUGACAUGUACCCCCACAGGCCCAGCCAGUGGACGAUGGCACUUAGGGCGAGGACUGGGGGGAUGUGCCCCAUUGGGAGGGGUCUGUCACCCCUGAGCUGUCUCCUAGACAGGGAAGGCCGGGGUCUAGGAGCUGCCCCCUGCACAAGGGCCACAUGAGCUGCUCUGGUCCUGAGUUUCUGUCCCCCCACUGGGACCUCCUUCCUCCUGGUGCUAAUUUGGGGACCCCAGUGGCCGCUCCUGGCCUCCUGUCCAGCCUGCUUGGACCAGGGUCUUGGGUUCCCCUAACCAUACCCAAGAAGUCCGCCCCACCUGCCGGCUCUGCUGGGCUUGGAGCAUUUCUGGGCCGGGAGGUCUCCCUGGCUGGAGCCGGAGACCCGGUGGGCCACCCAGCCCAGGGUGAGCCUGCUCACCGCCCUCACUGGAUGUGGCAGGGGCUCCCUGCCUGGGGCCGGCCCUGCUAGGCCCCGGAGGCACACUCGUGCCCACUCUCACAGAGCCCUCUCCUUGAGUGCUGGCUUUGGCGACCAGGCCUCCAGCCCAGGGCCCGCACUUGGGCCUUCUCUUGGCCAGCGGUCAGCUGCUACAGGGUGACUGCAGGGACCAGGCUGGAUGGAGCUUGGGUCCUGGCUGCAUGGAGCCCCUCCGGCAGCUGGGAGGAGGGGUUGUCUCUGGGGGUGGCCUGGGCAGUGGCCGUGGGACCCUCUCUUCCUCCCUCGAAUCUGCCCGAGCCCCUCGAGCCGCGAGCCUCCGCUCAAGUGCCCUUGCUGCCCUCUGCUUCUGAUGUGUGAUGAGGCCCCGAUGUUCUCGACUUUCCCAGAGAAGCAAAUAAACAGUGCGAACAGCCCA